ACGGUUCAGUAGAUGCUUUCGUAGCGUUCUACAACGUAACAGAAUGUUUCUCGUUUCGACACUCAUAGCUGAAGGCAACUUCAAUUUAUCGGCGGAAACAGGUGAACGCGCAAACAAUUUUUCUGAUAACUGUUAAAUUUCCCAUGUUCCGAGCUUUUUCGUAUUCGCUGGUAACGGCACCGUAAAUUCCCAAGUACGAGUUCUACUUACCGGGAGAGCGAUUUCUUGCUGAAAAUUUGAUCGGCGCAAUGGUUAAGAGAAGGAAGAUUGUGCCGAAGCAAAUAUCGAGGAGAAAGUCUCGGAUCGUAAAGCCGAUGAAAAUUGCUGCGCUGAUCGUAUCCGCUAUACAGGAUCUCCGUGAAACCAAAGGAUCAACGACCAAGAAGAUCAUAGGUUACAUAAAUUAUGCAUCCGAUGCUGGCGAGAAUCGAGUUAAACGACAAGUGAAAACAGCUCUACAAAGAGGCGUAGAAUAUGGUAUUUUAAAGAGAUACCGGGGCCAAUAUUUUCUGCCGAUGGGUGACGAAUUGAAUCGCGCGAACCGCAUCGCCUUGAGAUUUGCUCAAUUACCAUUACCCCACACGCAAAGUCAUAAAUCGAGCACAAAUUCGUCCCGCAAAAUGAGACCUCUCGGAAGUCGUAAGAACAACAAAAAAGUUGCUGAAAGCUCUCAGAAGACGAUACGAGUACUGGAAGCCAGACUACCAUUAUCACCUUCCAGACUUAACUUACUGGACUCUGUCAAAGAUAUUGCAAAAAAUUAGUAUCAUCAUAUGUGGUAUAUGAACGAAAUACUUGUUAAUAUGUGAUAUCAAAUAAAUCGAAAAUAAGCGUUCUAAGUGAGAACGAUUCUCUUAGCUGUCAGAACGCGUACCAUUGGUUUUUAAAAUUCACAUAGGCUUUUAAAAGUUUGCAUACCUUGCAGAAAAAUUGCAGUGUUCGGACGCAAAUCGUGACGUCGCCGGCGUUCCUAUCACGUGGCAAGAUGAGGAAUAGUAAAUGCGAGAAGGCUAUGAGUCGCUAAUGCCUCCCACACACUGCUCCUUACCUCGUCACGUGAUACGAACGCCGGUGAUGUCACGAUUUAACCGACAGUAUCCAAGAUUAUUUGCUGUACAAACUGAAAUGUAUCACGUCGUUACUUCGUACGCAAAUUAUAGUAUGUAUAUAAUGCUGUAGAACGUGUAAACAAGUCUUGGAAAAAGUAUUGCUAGAGUAAAAACAAAGUGCAUAUUCAUUUUCGUGUCCCUUUGUUUUCACGUCCGUUCAUUAAUUGCGAUGUCGUUGAUUUUAUAUCUAAUGUCCUAAGAUUUACGAUGUUAUUUAUUGGUAUUCAACUAAAUUAAACAAAAUGUGAACUAAAUAAUUUCAUAAUUCUGAAAUAAAAAUUUAAAACUUAAA